AUGGACGUGAAACAAAAGCUAAAGCUAGAGAAAGUCUGCAGGAGAGUGCAAACAAACAGGAUCAUCUGGGGCCUGUGCUUGAUUUGCUCUGCCGGGGAGCUCGGAGCCGUUCGCGCUGGCCCCAUCAAGCGGCCGGAUGGAGUCGCCCCCCAGGAGGAGGUCAACGUGCUCAAGUUUGGCGUCAUUCAGUUGGGAGAGUCCCUCAACGAUGUGUAUCAAAGAACCGAGGGUAAAGUGGCUAACAUCCUGCAGACUUUGAAAGAACAUGAAGAUGCUCUCGGGCAGCUAAGCGAGCAGACACAACAAGCUGCGGAGGUGGAGAAACAGAUCAAGGGGGUGAUACAGCUGCUCCAGGACCUGACAUUCAAACAAGAGGCUGAGACUAAGAUGACUGAGGGUCAGCUGGCUUACAUGGAGCGGGAAGAGGCAGUACUUCAGACCAAAGUCAAAAGCAUAGAGGCCCAUCUUAAUGGCACAUUCCCCACUUGCAUCAAAGAGUUGCAGGCACGAGUUGCCUUUAAUGCCAGUAUCUUGAAAGGUCUGCAGCAUUUAACCCAGUUUCAAAAGCAGAAGAUUGACAAGCACGCCGAGCAGCUCUCCACACUGCAGAGGAUGAGUGAAGCAUUAUGA